CGCUCGCGCCCGCCCAGCCCGGAGAAGGGAAGCCGAGCUCGCCUCCGGCGCCCCGAUGGGUCCCCCCUGCCGCGGCUGGGCACCCCGCGCCGGCAGCCUCAGAUGAACCGCCCGCCCGCCCGGAGCAGCCGCCGCCGCCGCCGCGGCUUUGUGCCGGCCGGGGAGGGCGCUGCCGCGGGCGGGGGCCUGGGCCGGGACCGCGCCAGCCCGCCCGCCCGCCCGCCGCCGGGGCGCGCCGUCGUCGUCGUCGUCCUCCGCAGCGCCCGGCCCGGGCUGAUGGGGGCUGCCAGGCAGCGGCCGCGCUCGUGCGGGGACCAGCCCCGGGCGGCCGGGCAGUGAGCGCAGACGGAGCCGGCGCCGGCGGGAUGCGCCCUCCCGGUGCCCGCUGAGCCGCCGCAGUCGCCGCGCCGGGCCUCCCGCCCGUCCUCGCCCGCAGCCCUCCCGCGCCAGCGAUCCCCACCCCCGAGCGCGGGGAGGGCGGAGGAGGAGGCGGAGGGCGGAGGAGGAGGAGGACAAUCGCCGCCGCCGCCGCGGCCAGUCUCAGGGAAAAGAUGUCUUUGCGGACCGCGCUGGCGUCUGGCAACGAGCGCAAUUCCGAGGCGCACCAGCGCUGCCCGGUAGUGACGCUUGAUGCUGCCCCCCUCCCGGUGACGCCGCCCCUCUCCCCCCAGCCCUCCACCCUGGCCAGUAGCCGGUCCGAGAAGGGCUCCUCGUGGUCCAGCCGCUCACUGGGUGCCCGGUGCCGCAACUCCAUUGCCUCCUGCGCUGACGAGCAGCCUCACAUCGGCAACUACCGCCUCCUCAAAACCAUCGGCAAGGGCAACUUUGCCAAGGUGAAGCUGGCUCGCCACAUCCUCACAGGCAGAGAGGUGGCGAUAAAAAUAAUUGACAAGACUCAGCUGAACCCGACAAGCCUUCAGAAGCUCUUCCGUGAAGUAAGAAUUAUGAAAGGACUGAAUCACCCCAAUAUCGUGAAACUCUUUGAGGUGAUAGAAACAGAGAAGACCCUCUACCUGGUGAUGGAGUACGCCAGUGCCGGAGAAGUCUUUGACUACCUCGUUUCUCAUGGACGCAUGAAGGAGAAAGAAGCCCGGGCCAAGUUCAGACAGAUUGUCUCGGCUGUACACUAUUGUCACCAGAAGAACAUUGUACACAGGGACCUGAAGGCUGAAAACCUCUUGUUGGAUGCCGAUGCCAACAUUAAGAUAGCCGACUUUGGGUUCAGCAAUGAGUUCACGCUGGGCUCAAAGCUGGACACUUUCUGUGGAAGCCCCCCCUACGCCGCUCCGGAACUCUUUCAAGGGAAGAAAUACGACGGGCCGGAGGUGGACAUCUGGAGUCUGGGGGUGAUCCUUUACACGCUCGUCAGUGGCUCCUUGCCCUUUGAUGGGCAGAACCUCAAGGAGCUGCGGGAGCGCGUGUUGCGUGGCAAAUACCGUGUCCCCUUCUAUAUGUCCACCGACUGCGAGAACAUCCUGCGCCGUUUCCUGGUUCUGAAUCCGGCCAAGCGCUGCACCCUUGAGCAAAUCAUGAAAGACAAAUGGAUCAAUAUCGGCUACGAGGGAGAUGAGCUGAAGCCCUACAGAGAGCCCGAAGAGGACUUUGCGGAUGCCAAGCGCAUUGAAGUGAUGGUGGGCAUGGGCUACACUCGUGAGGAGAUUAAGGAAGCCCUGACGAACCAAAAAUAUAACGAGGUCACGGCCACCUACCUCCUGCUGGGCAGGAAGAACGAGCAGGUGGAAGGGAGUGAGUCUCGCACAGGCAGCAGCCUCUCGCUGGCCCGGGUGCGGGCGCCCAGCGAGGUCUCCAACGGCACCAACAAGCCCUCCUCACACACCAAGAGCCAGCGCAGUUCCUCCACCUACCACCGGCAGCGGCGGCACAGCGAUUUCUGCGGUCCCUCCCCUGUCCCCCUGCACCCCAAGAGGAGCCCCACCAGCACGGGGGACGGCGAACUGAAGGAGGAGCGGAUGCCCUCGCGCAAAGCCAGUUGCAGCGUUGUGAGCAGCGGACGGGGCAUCCCGCCCUCCAGCCCCAUGGUGAGCAGCGCAAACAAUCCCAACAAAUCAGAGAUCCCCGACCGGCGCAAGGAUAGCGCCGUGAACACGAAUAACAUUCCCUCGAGUAUGAUGACCCGGAGGAACACAUAUGUGUGCACAGAGAGGCCCGGUGGGGACCGCCACUCGCUGCUCCAAAACGGAAAGGAGAACAGCUCCGUUACCAGCCGGGUGCCCCCAGCCUCACCCUCCAGCCACAGUAUCGCCACCUCAUCCACCUCUUCAGACCGUACCAGACUUUCACGUGGCACCAACAUCCGCAGUACCUUCCACGGGGGCCAAGUGCGGGACCGGCGUGCAACCGGUGUGCAGAACGGGCCUCCCACCUCCCCCACACUCUCUCAUGAAGCCACGCCUCUACCCCAGAGCCGCAGCCGGGCCACCUCCAACCUCUUCAGCAAACUCACGUCGAAGCUCACGCGGAGGGUCGCAGACGAACCUGAGAGAAUCGGGGGACCUACGCUCACAAGUUGCAAUUUACCUUGGAAUCAAAAGGAAACAGAACCCCGGCUGCUCCGAUUUACCUGGAAUGUGAAGCUCACCAGCACCCGCCCCGCCGAGGCCAUCCUGGCCGCCCUCCGCCAGGCCACGGACUCUGUUAACUGCUGCUGCCGCCAGACGGAGCCCUUUGUCCUGUCCUGUACUCACGAGAAGAGUCCCAGCGAGCAGUUUUGCUGCUUCGAGGUGGAGGUGUGCCGGCUGCAGAGGCUGGGGGGGCUCCACGGAGUGCUUUUCCGGCGCCAGGCUGGCACUUCACUGGCCUUCCGGGGCUUGGUGGCCAAGAUCUCCGACCAGCUCCAACUCUAGGACCUUGCCGGUGCUCCGCUGCAUUGCUUGACCCACCCGCUGGGAAACAGUACAGGGGGAGGGGCGUGAUUCUCGACUGCCCGCCACGUCCUUACAGGGCCAGGACUUGGCUGAGGACCGACACUGUCACCCAGCAUGCAGAAGGGCUGCGCUGAAGGGGAGCUCCACCAAACUCCCAGCUGUGCUUGAGGACUGGGAGAACUCAGAGAGGGGAGGGGCCCCCCUUUGGAGUUCCCUGUGGGCAGCUUUUCUCCCUCACCUGCCCUCAGGUGCCAGUGGCCCCUGCUCUGAGCCCACUUUGUGGCAGGCCCUCUUCAAGCUGUGGCAUGGAGGGCCCCAGGUCUUCUCCCCCGUUUCCCACGCUGCAGAGGGAGGGAGCUCGUGUUUCCCGGGGCUUAAGUGGCAAAGGGGAGAGAUCUCUGAGGCCGAGAGCCCCCUGGCUGCUGCAUCCUGCCCACACCAGUGGAAACCUCCCAUUUUUGGGUCCCUGGCUUUGAUCCCCCCCCACUCCUUCUCACAAAGGGAAAAAUAACAAUGCCCAGGUAGUCCAUUUCAUUUAAAUCAAGGUCAAACUAGAGCCAGUUUUUAUUCCAACUUCUUCUGGGAUUCAGGUUUCAUGGGCAAGAUGUAAUCAGAACCCCAGUUCUGGUUCAGCUCAAUUGGAGUCCUGUUAGUUCCACCCAGUAGCUGGACAGGUACAGCCAAUGUGCCAGCCUCUGUCCGGAGUGGCCAGAAGGGACUCCCUCCCUCGCCAAAGUGGGUUUGCAGUGGGUGGCUGCAGGGAGUGGGGCGAAGGGGCAACGCAGAGCGGAACGUGGGCGAGAAUACUGGGGGAGGGAGAAGUUGCAGGCAGCAGGUUCCACAGCUGAGCAGAAUUCUUCACCUGUGGGGCUGCUGACCUUCGUCUUGGGGGUUCCCACACUGCUCAGCUCCCACAAACAGUACAGGGGGGAGGGCAUAGUGGGAGUCCCUCCUCUGAAGUCAAUCAGAAAACUCUUGUUUAGUGGAAGGUCCUUCCAUUUGUGCUCCCUUAAGGAGACCUCAGCCUGGUCGCUGCGGCGCCUGGACCCGCUCUCGGGGGUGAAUUUCAGCCUCUCCUGUUCAGCAUCCACUCAGCCCUCCAGGAUCUUCUCAAGUGGCAGGCAGCCCCCCACAUACACAACCUAUCGUGCACCCCAUUGCCAGACUCCAAAGCCCCGGUGCUGAGACCGCACUCCAGAGGAGGCUGGACCUCCAGGGGUGGGGUCAGGGCUUCGAUCGAUCAACAUCUUAAAAACUGGACCCCGCCCCCCCCCCCAUGGAGCUGGUGCGCAUUGGUGGUGGCUCCGCUCAGAAGCAGGGAAGGAGAGGAAGCACCUCUUGCAGCACCUAAUGUGAUGGACGAGUCUACAGGCAUCGGGCACAGCUCUCAAGCACCACUGCUGCGCCCGCGCCAUCUUAACCAACUGGGCACUGGAAGCUGGGGGUCAGCAGCACAGAGCAGCCAAGCAGCUGGACGGCAUCAAGAUGGGGUGUGGUCUUGGAUGGUGGAACAGCAGCUGAGUGAGCGGGGGCGGGGGGUGGACUCGGGCAAUCCUGUUCCCCUCUGGGUGGGGCAGAGCUCAGGGGCUCAUGUGAAACUUGCCCCAGUUAAACUGUUAACUGGUGAUGCUAAAUUUGGCAGCUCUAUGGGGAAAAUCAAAUGGGUCUCCUUCCUUCCCAUCUCCUUUUCCAGCCCCCCCCCCAUCAUACACUUACUCCCCCUGCUGUGAGCUGCACCUGCCCUGCCCCCCCCCAAAUCCUGCCUGUUUGCCCCCUCCCAUCUGUACAGACUCCCCUGUAAAUAGCAGCCUGGUUAGCCCCCCUAUCAUUGGGUAGAGAUAUUCACGAGCCCUCUUUGCCUUGGGACGGUUGUAAGUUAUGCCAGCCCCAGAGUGGCGGCCUGUACCAAACCCCUAAUAAACGUAGA